AUGGAAGAUAUAAUGUUACAUAUCAUGCAGCAAGCUGCAGGGAUCAAGCUACCGGGACAGGAUUUCCCUCUAGAUCUUACACAACCAAAGUUACGUCAAACAUGUGAUAGCUUCGUCGAUCAAACCGACUUACGUCCCAGUUGCGAUUCGAAUAUUGAGUUGGAAUCUACAGCGCCCGUUCGUGUAAAACAAACAACAAACGAUCUCAGUCGACGGACACCUCAUCCAUUUUCAAUUGAAGCACUUUUGGGGGAUACAGAAAGCGCAACAAGAUCAGCUCCCGCGCAAGUUUAUAAUUACCAUUCUACUACUUGUUGCUUAGCAACAGAAAAACAAGCCGCAUCACCACAAGUUCGUGAAGUGUUAAGAAUAUCAUAUUGGUGUCAUGCAUGUAACAGUUUGUGCAAAGACGAAAAUGACUCACAAAGGCACCAGUAUCUUCAUUAUAUGCAAGGUAUGAAAUGUAACUUGAAGAAAGAAUUGUUUCAUAAGAAUGGAUAUGUUACAAAACACAUUAACAUUGACGAAAAGCAAAUUGAAUGCAGCCUUUGUGAUAACAAGAUAGUUGCCACAUGUUUCUUUUCUAAACAUCAACGUCUUCAUGAGGGUCAUUUUUGUGAUACAUGUGACCGUGAAUUCACUAGUAACAGUCUCCUGCUAGAUCAUAGGAAUAUUCAUACCGGAAGUACGUCAUUUUACUGUAAGACAUGUGACCGGAAAUUUGCCAAGAGGUCUUCACUUACACAACAUCAGCGUUAUCACCGUGACAACCAAAGAUUUAAAUGCACAUACUGUUACAAGUCAUUUAAUAGUAAAUAUACUCGAACUGUGCAUGAAAGAUUGCACACUGGAGAAAAACCAUUCAAAUGCCAGGAACCCGGAUGUACGAAAGCUUUUCCGCAGAAGAUUCAACUACAACUACACAUGAAUACACACAUGAACUGA